GAACCGGAAACUUCAUUUCCCAGAGGCCCCCGGGGCGCAUGGAGACGACGUCAGGGGGAGGCGCGCUUAGCGGCAGUCACGCAUCGGACAGCAUGGAGGAAGGUGAACAGCCCAUGCAACUGGGCCGCUCCAGACUGUCGCCCGAGGAACGGUAUCGUCGCUGGAGAGCCGGUUCCCUUCUGCUGGGAUGAGCUGGCUCAACGAGCAUUCGCCCAUCUGAAGGACCGCUUUGCCUUGGCGCCCAUUCUCGUCCAACCUGAUCUCAACCUGCAGUUCAUUGUGGAGGUGGACGCCUCGGACGCUGGAGUGGGGGCGGUGCUUUCCCAGCGGCAAGGAGGUAAGCUGCACCCCUGUGCCUACUUUUCACGCCGUCUCUCCUCCGCAGAGAGCAACUAUGAUGUGGGAGAUCGAGAACUACUAGCCAUCAAGCUGGCCCUGGAGGAGUGGCGCCAUUGGCUUGAGGGCGCUGCCCAGCCGUUCGUGGUCUGGACCGAUCACAAGAACCUGGAGUACAUUCGAUCGGCAAAACGCCUCAACGCCAGGCAAGCCAGACGCCCUCUCACGCCAAUUCGCCGCCUCCGAAGACGCAGCUCGGGACUCUCCCAUUCUACCGCCCACCUGUGUAAUCGGGGCUCUGACCUGGGAGAUCGAGUCGGCCAUUCAAGAGGCUCAACAGACAGAACCAGACCCCGGAACGGGACCUCCAGGGUUGCUCUUCGUCCCCUCCUCUGUAAGGUCACGAGUGUUACAUUGGGCUCAUACGGCCAGAUUCACCUGCCACCCAGGGGUCCACCGCACUAUUACCUUCCUUCAACGUUUCGCCUGGUGGCCUUCCCUUGCCAAAGACGUCCGCGAGUAUAUUUCUGCAUGCUUGACCUGCGCUUAAAACAAGAGCGUCCAUCAACUACCCUCUGGCCUCCUCCAACCUCUGCCGACUCCGAGUCGUCCCUGGUCGCACAUCGCUGUUGACUUCAUCACUGCUCUGCCCGUCUUGUCAGGUAACACUGUCAUUCUCACCAUUGUGGACCGUUUCUCCAAAGCUGCUCAUUUUGUCGCCCUCCCUAAGCUCCCCACCACUCUAGAGACCGCCCGGCUACUCAUGGACCACGUUUUUCGCCUCCAUGGAAUCCCCACGGACAUUGUGUCAGACAGAGGACCACAGUUUACGUCACGUGUCUGGAAGGAGUUCUGCAGUGCCCUCGGAGCUCAGGUCAGUCUCUCCUCUGGCUUCCACCCACAGACCAAUGGCCAAACGGAGCGUGCCAAUCAGGAGCUCGAAGCGGCUCUCCGGUGCCUGGUAUCCACUAACCAGUCAACUUGGAGCGAGCAACUGUCAUGGAUUGAGUAUGCUCAUAACAGCCUUACCUCCUCUGCCACCGGUGUGUCCCCUUUCGAGGCGUCCAUGGGCUACCAACCACCACUCUUCCCAGCCGUCGAAGGUGAGCACUUUGUUCCCUCUGUCCAACAGCAUCUUCGGAGGUGUCGGCGCGCCUGGAGAGCGACUCGGGCCGCCCUUCUCCGCACGGUGGAACGCAAUAAGCGCCUGGCGGAUCGCCACCGGACCCCUGCUCCCACCUACGCACCUGGACAAAAGGUUUGGCUG